AUGCUUGGUGCGAGUAGUGGUAGUAUCAGUGUCGAUUUACAAACUAUUCCUAAUGAACCGAUUCGUUUCAUGGCUGAUCCAACGGAAAGGAACCGCUUAGAAGAUGGAAUUAUUGCGUGGACCUGGAAGAAAUUUAUUGACAAUUCAAGUAAUCCAUAUGAACUUGUCCUCAUGCCUAUGACCAAGGCUAGUAUCCGCGCUAUGGAUGCUGUGCAACAAUUUGCAGCUCAACUGGGAAUUCCUGUGCCUGAGACAUUUGUCAUCAGUGGUGCUUCUAAGCGCGGAUGGACAACGUGGACAACUGCUGCUGUUGAUAAUGUGCGCGUCAUUGGUGCAAUACCUAUCGUGAUGGAUAUGGCCAAUUUUCAAAAGAGUCUUCAUCAUCACUUUCGUUCUUUGAAUGGUUGGACAUUUGCCUUCAAAGACUACUAUGAAUUGAAUAUCACUGUAUCUGUUGAUAAUUCAAACUUGCUCAAAAUGUCAGAGAUUAUCGAUCCAUACUACUACUUUGAUCGAUAUGCAAAAAUGAAAAUCUUGCAAAUACAAUCCAGUGGCGACGAAUUUUUUCUGCUUGACAAUGAGGACACAUUUUGGCAAGAACUACAAUUAGCUACGGGCGGUACUUAUCUCAGACGAUUACCGAAUGCAGAUCAUUCAUGUGCUGGUCAUGAGAUUAGUUUAUUUUGGACGAUGCGAAGCUUUUAUUUGACCAUCUACGAAGUUAGCAAGAUAAUUUUAUGA